UUUAAAAUCCUUCACAUUGGGUAUGACUACCAAGCCAGACGGAUGUCAUUGUAAACGAAUCAGCCGAGACCGAAUCAAAUGAGCAGGAAGAAACGCAGCUACCGAUCCAGAGGGUAAGAUAAGAUAACUGAAAAACUAAGUGACGGUAGGUGAGCUGUGUAUUUGAACGCAAUAAAAGUGCAAGGAAGGCAACAGUGUUACGCAGCAGAUUGAACCAUUCGGUCUCAAAGCGGUUUGUUCAGUUAAAAAUUGUUGGCAAAGUGAUACCACAUCUUUGGACGAUCCCAUCAUUUUAAGUUUCCAUGUGGUGCAGACAGUGCGAUCAAUUUAACCAAAAGUUGGUAACCUACGAACAAGUAUUGCAUAGCGGAUAAACCAUUCGCAAAGUGAAGUGAAAUAAACUGUGCAUUAGCGAGAAAAAUCAUUGAAAGAUUCCAAAGACUGCAGUUACUACUUGUGAGCAGUUUCAGUUGAAUACAAAAUUGAGAGAGAUAUUUCAAUGAGUUGCAAUAAUAUGGAAGCUCAACAGGCAUCAACAUCUACUGACUGGUACGAAUGUGGAAGUAAUCCCGGCAACCAUGGCAUCAAUUACGAGAAGGAUCUCGCAUUCGUAACCUUUGUGGCGGCUUCCUUGGAAGAAAGUAAGUUCAAGCUGGCCGUAGAGAUGACAGCAGCAGAGAAAUUCGAUGACGUGGUAGUUUUCAAAGAAGAAUCCAAAGAGGUGUUGUUAUUCCAGGCCAAACAUUCCAAUAAUGGAGGUCACGUAUUGUUCGACGACCUACUCUCUGAUGAUCCGAGAAAAAGCAAAGACUUUGCUUUUUCUCGGUAUAUUCAAUCUUAUCUGAGGAUUAGAGAAAACAAAGUUUUUGAAAGUUAUAAACCAACAAUCAUUAUAUUCACUAAUAAAUCACUGACACGAACUGAUAACCAGUUGAUGAAUAUCCAAGUACAAAACGUGAACAGCAACAUAAAAUGGUGCGAUUCUAAGAAAAAUCUUUAUUUUGAGCCACUUAACGAUGAAGCAGUCAGAAAAAUUAAAGAUAUAAUAAAUUCAGAGCUGUUCCAAAUCAAAGAAGACAUAGACAAACUUGUAAAAACUGGAAAAAUUUCCGAUUUGCUGAUGCAAUACAAGACACCAUUGCAAAAUAUUCUUAAAAUUGCUGAUGGAAAAAUAAGUUUCAAAGAGCCUGCAGUGGAUAGCAAAGAUAUGAUAACUCAUCGAUGGAUGCUUGCCAUGUUUAAUUUGAAGCCGAAUGAAAACUUUCCAAUGAAUAGAUUAGAUGACAGAACUGUUAAAAGCUUGAAUAGUUUUUUUACCGGAAAAUCGAGGAACAAUCUUCUUCCUGUGAUUGUCGAAGAAGAACAAAUGCGGGAUUAUUUUCAUAGUUUAAUUUUCUGUACAGAACAACCAACUGACCUAAGAAGUGUUGCCGAGAAAAUGAUAAGCUCCUGGAUGCCACGGUGGGUUGACAGCGAUCUUGCACGGGAAUCAAAAUAUUUUUUAGCCUGUUUCGACGAAGUAUUCAACAAAUGGCACACCCAGAUAUCGAAAAAAAAAGGCUAUCUUACAUUUCAAAAACAGGGUUUGGAUUGCAUUCAAAAUAUGAAGUCAGAAUUAGAGAAAAAAUUUGAAAGGAAACAUUCUUCGAUUGCAGCCAAUUUAUCAAUAUAUGUCUCGCGCACCAUAAUUAAAACAAUAAAUAAAAAAGACGACGACAAAACAGCACCACAAACUAAUCGCUUUACAUUGAAUCACGAAUCAUUUGGAGGGAUAAGCAAAGUACAAACUAUCCAAAUGAGUGAUCAGGAUUUUAUAGAACAGAUGUAUCAGCAAAACGCGUUAUCAGCAGGAACAAAAUGUCAAAUACUUGUUGGAGAACCCGGUAUGGGAAAAACCACAUUAAUUUAUAACUUGUUUUGGCAAUCACAAAACCUAAAAAACGUAGCCGUUUAUCUAAUCCGUUUAAAAAAUCUUAAUUUUCGCGAAGAAAAAAGAAGUGAUCCCCUGCACAUCUUCGAACAUGAAUUGCCCCAAGAGAGUGGGAAUAUUUUGCGAAAUUAUUUGGAAAGUUCGGAAAUUCAAAUUGUAUUCCUUUUAGAUGGGUUUGAUGAAAUGAAUUCAGAUCACCGAAAUUCAGUACUGACAAUAUUUGAAAACAUUCUGGAGAAAAAGAACACUCAAUGCAUAAUUACGGGAAGGAAACAUGUUUGCAAACUGCUCGAGGACAGAUUUAAAGCGCAUGCGUUGAAGCUGAAACCGUUCGACUACAACGAACAAGUAAAAUUUUUAAAAUUGUUUUGGAGGGUGGAAGGCAGUGAAGCUCUUUUCAUGAAAUUUGCCGAGCAGCUGCUCAAAAAGUUCCAUAACGAAAUCAAAGGGAAGGAUUACGACUUCGCAGGGCUUCCCCUGAUGGUACGAAUGUUGGCCGAGGUUUAUGCUGAAGAUUUUCAAAAGUUUCUCAAAACUGAAACAGCUGAUGCAACUUGUAUAUUUCAGUCGGAAAAACUUAAUGUACUCAAUUUGUUUGAAAAGUUUGUGAAAAUAUCUUUCAACCUAAAAAUGAAGAGUAAGGAUGGAAAAGCUGUAUACGCAUAUGAUGAAAUUAAGGAUGAAAUUGAUGAGGAAAUAGAACCUAGUUUUGACUUCUUUAUGGAACAACUUCAAUUGUUAGCCAUCCAAUAUUUGAAAAUCGGAAAGUUGCAAGAUGUAAUAAAGAAACCUCCGUUUAAUAAAAACAACAAUCGACUUCAGGAACGUUUUCGGAAAGGAGAUGAAAAAUCUAUGCUAAUCAGUGCCUCAUCUGCAGAUAAAAUAGAUUUCAUUCAUUUGUCGUAUGCUGAAUACUUUGUUGCAAAAUUUAUAUUUGAUCACAUAGAUGAAUGCAAAUUUUCACUGAUGAAAAUAAUACAAGAUCGAGAUGUUGUACGAAAAUUUUUCUUCUUAAUGGUGGAGCACAAGUGUAAUGAAAAUUCUGAACAAAUGCAAAUAGUGCAAAGUCUGUAUAGUGAGAACUCAGUGGUUGUCGUCUGGGCUUGUCUUGGUGGUAACGAGAAAAUAGCAAUGCGUUUGCUACGAGAAUCGAAAAUCAAAUCUAAUGACCCACACCACAAAAUUCUUAUGCACGCCGCAGUUGAUGGAGGUUCAACCGGUUUAGUUAAGGCAUUACUUGGUGAAUUUCAAUUAUCUGUGAACAUUCAAUACGGUUAUGAUUUUAUUGAGGACAAUGAAUUUGAAUUUGGAGUAGAUUUAGAAUACAGUUUUUAUGGAACUCCUCUCCAUACAGCCGCUAGCAAUGGUUAUAUUGAAAUGGUGAAAUUGCUAAUUGAUCACAACGCAAAUAUUGACACUAAGGAUGAUGAAGGAACGACACCUCUCCAUCGUGCAUCCCGAAAUGGUCAUCUUGAGGUGGCGAAAUUACUGAUUGAUAGAGGAGCAAAUGAUAGCACUAGGAAAGACAAUGAAGAAAUCACACCUCUCCAUAUUGCUGCUGAAAUUGGUCAUCUUGAGGUUGUGAAAUUACUGAUCGAUAACGGAGCAAAUGUUGACACUACGCAAGAUGAAGGAUGUACACCUCUCCAUUUGGCUGCUGAAAAUGGUUAUCUUGAGGUGGUGAAAUUACUGAUUGAUAAUGGAGCAAAUGUUGACACUACGCAAGAUGAAGGAUAUACACCUCUCCAUUUGGCUGCUGAAAAUGGUCAUCUUGAGGUGGUGAAAUUACUGAUUGAUAAUGGAGCAAAUGUUGACACUACGCAAAAUAAAGGAUGGACACCUCUCCAUAUGGCUGCUGAAAAUGGUCAUCUUGAGGUGGUGAAAUUACUGAUUGAUAAUGGAGCAAAUGUUGACACUACGCAAGAUGAAGGAUGUACACCUCUCCAUUUGGCUGCUGAAAAUGGUUAUCUUGAGGUGGUGAAAUUACUGAUUGAUAAUGGAGCAAAUGUUGACACUACGCAAAAUAAAGGAUGGACACCUCUCCAUAUGGCUGCUGAAAAUGGUCAUCUUGAGGUGGUGAAAUUACUGAUUGAUAAUGGAGCAAAUGUUAACGCUAGGAAAUACUAUGAAGAAAUCACACCUCUCCAUUAUGCAUCCCAAAAUGGUCACCUUGAGGUGGUGCAAUUACUGACUGAUAAAAGAGCAAAUGCUAACGAUAGGAAAGACUAUGAAGAAAUCACACCUCUCCAUUAUGCUUCGAAAAAUGGUCAUCUUGAGGUGGUGAAAUUUCUGAUUGAUAAUGGAGCAAAUGUUAACGCUAGUAAGGACUAUGAAGAAAUCACACCUCUCCAUUAUGCAUCGAAAAAUGGUCAUCUUGAGGUUGUGAAACUACUGAUUGAUAACGGAGCAAAUGUUGACACUACGCAAAAUAAAGGAUGGACACCUCUCCAUAUGGCUGCUGAAAAUGGUUAUCUUGAGGUGGUGAAAUUACUGAUUGAUAAUGGAGCAAAUGUUAACGCUAGGAAAGACUAUGAAGAAAUCACACCUCUCCAUUAUGCAUCCCAAAAUGGUCAUCUUGAGGUGGUUGAAUUUCUGAUUGAUAAUGGAGCAAAUGUUAGCGCUAGUAAAGACUAUGAUGAAAUCACACCUCUCCAUUAUGCAUCGAAAAAUGGUCAUCUUGAGGUUGUGAAAUUACUGAUUGAUAAUGGAGCAAAUGUUAACACUACGCAAAAUAAAGGAUGGACACCUCUCCAUAUGGCUGCUGCAAAUGGUUAUCUUGAGGUGGUGAAAUUACUGAUUGAUAAUGGAGCAAAUGUUGACACUACGGACAAUGAAGGAUGGACCCUUCUCCAUAUGGCUGCUGAAAAUGGUUAUCUUGAGGUGGUGAAAUUACUGAUUGAUAAUGGAGCACAUGUUGACACUACACAAAAUGAAGGAUGGAUACCUCUCCAUUAUGCAUCCCGAUAUGGUCAUCUUAAGGUGGUGAAAUUACUGAUUGAUAAUGGAGCAAAUGUUGACACUACGCAAAAUAAAGGAUGGACACCUCUCCAUAUAGCUGCUGCAAAUGGUUAUCUUGAGGUGGUGAAAUUACUGAUUGAUAAUAGAGCAAAUGUUGACACUACGGACAAUGAAGGAUGGACACCUCUUCAUGUGGCAUCCCGAAAUGGUCAUCUUGAGGUUGUAAAAUUACUGAUUGAUAAAAGAGUAAAUGUUGACACUACGGAAAAUGAAGGAUGGACACCUCUUCAUGUGGCAUCCUUAAAUGGUCAUCUUGAGGUUGUAAAAUUACUGAUUGAUAAUAAAGCAAAUGUUGACACUACGCAAAAUAAAGGAUGGACUCCUCUUCAUGUGGCAUCCCAAAAUGGUCAUCUUGAGGUUGUUAAAUUACUGAUUGAUAAUAAAGCAAAUGUUGACACUACGCAAAAUAAAGGAUGGACUCCUCUUCAUGUGGCAUCCCAAAAUGGUCAUCUUGAGGUUGUAAAAUUACUGAUUGAUAAUAGAGCAAAUGUUGACACUAUGGAAAAUAAAGGGAUUACACCUCUGUAUGUUGCAUCCAAAAAUGGUCAUCUUGAGGUUGUGAAAUUACUGAUUGAUAAUAAAGCAAAUGUUGACACUACGCAAAAUGAAGGAUGGACUCCUCUUCAUGUGGCAUCCCAAAAUGGUCAUCUUGAGGUUGUAAAAUUACUGAUUGAUAAUAGAGCAAAUGUUGACACUACGCAAAAUGAAGGAUGGACUCCUCUUCAUGUGGCAUCCCAAAAUGGUCAUCUUGAGGUUGUAAAAUUACUGAUUGAUAAAAGAGUAAAUGUUGACACUACGGAAAAUGAAGGAUGGACACCUCUUCAUGUGGCAUCCUUAAAUGGUCAUCUUAAGGUUGUAAAAUUACUGAUUGAUAAUAGAGCAAAUGUUGACACUACGGACAAUGAAGGAUGGACACCUCUCCAUGAUGCAUCUCAAAAUGGUCAUCUUGAGGUUGUGAAAUUACUGAUUGAUAAUAGAGCAAAUGUUGACACUGCGGACAAUGAAGGAUGUACACCUCUCCAUUUUGCAUCCCAAAAUGGUCAUCUUGAGGUUGUGAAAUUACUGAUUGAUAAUAGAGCAAAUGUUGACACUGCGGACAAUGAAGGAUGUACACCUCUCCAUUUUGCAUCCCAAAAUGGUCAUCUUGAGGUUGUGAAAUUACUGAUUGAUAAUAGAGCAAAUGUUGACACUACGCAAAAUAAGGGAUGUACACCUCUCCAUUAUGCAUCCCUAUUUGGUCAUCUUGAGGUUGUGAAAUUACUGAUUGAUAAUAGCGCAAAUGUUGACACUACGCAAAAUGAAGGAUGUACACCUCUCCAUUGUGCAUCCCGGAAUGGUCAUCUUGAGGUUGUGAAAUUACUGAUUGAUAAUGGAGCAAAUGUUGACACUGCGGACAAUGAAGGAUGUACACCUCUCCAUUUUGCAUCCCAAAAUGGUCAUCUUGAGGUUGUUAAAUUACUGAUUGAUAAUAAAGCAAAUGUUGACACUACGCAAAAUGAAGGAUGGACUCCUCUUCAUGUGGCAUCCCAAAAUGGUCAUCUUGAGGUUGUGAAAUUACUGAUUGAAAAUAGAGCAAAUGUUGACACUACACAAAAUGAAGGAUGUACACCUCUCCAUUGUGCAUCCCGGAAUGGUCAUCUUGAGGUUGUGAAAUUACUGAUUGAUAAAAGAGCAAAUGUUGACACUACGCAAAAUGAAGGAUGUACACCUCUCCAUUGUGCAUCCCGGAAUGGUCAUCUUGAGGUUGUGAAAUUACUGAUUGAUAAAAGAGCAAAUGUUGACACUACGCAAAAUGAAGGAUGUACACCUCUCCAUUGUGCAUCCCGGAAUGGUCAUCUUGAGGUUGUGAAAUUACUGAUUGAUAAAAGAGCAAAUGUUGACACUACGCAAAAUGAAGGAUGUACACCUCUCCAUUGUGCAUCCCGGAAUGGUCAUCUUGAGGUUGUGAAAUUACUGAUUGAUAAUAGAGCAAAUGUUGACAUUACGGAAUAUGAAGGAUGGACACCUCUCAAUAUUGCAUCUGAAAAAGGUCAUCUUGAGGUUGUGAAAUUACUGAUUGAUAAUGGAGCAAAUGUUGACACUACGGAAAAUGAAGGAUGGACACCUCUUCAUGUGGCAUCCAGAAAUGGUCAUCUUGAGGUUGUGAAACUACUGAUUGAUAAUAGAGCAAAUGUUGACGCCAAGACUACUAACGGGUCGACACCUCUCAAUAUUGCAUCUGAAAAAGGUCAUCUUGAGGUUGUUAAAUUACUGAUUGAUAAUGGAGCAAAUGUUGACACUACGAACAAUGAAGGAUGGACGCCUCUCCAUUAUGCAUCCCAAAAUGGUCAUCUUGAGGUUGUGAAAUUACUGAUUGAUAAUAGAGCAAAUGUUGACACUACGCAAAAUAAAGGGAUUACACCUCUGUAUGUUGCAUCCAUAAAUGGUCAUCUUGAGGUUGUGAAAUUACUGAUUGAUAAUGGAGCAAAUGUUGACACUACGAACAAUGAAGGAUGGACACCUCUCCAUUUUGCAUCCCGAAAUGGUCAUCUUGAGGUUGUGAAAUUACUGAUUGAAAAUAGAGCAAAUGUUGACACUACGCAAAAUAAAGGGAUUACACCUCUGUAUGUUGCAUCCAUAAAUGGUCAUCUUGAGGUUGUGAAAUUACUGAUUGAUAAUGGAGCAAAUGUUGACACUACGAACAAUGAAGGAUGGACACCUCUCCAUUUUGCAUCCCGAAAUGGUCAUCUUGAGGUUGUGAAAUUACUGAUUGAAAAUAGAGCAAAUGUUGACACUACGCAAAAUAAAGGGAUUACACCUCUGUAUGUUGCAUCCAUAAAUGGUCAUCUUGAGGUUGUGAAAUUACUGAUUGAUAAUGGAGCAAAUGUUGACACUACGAACAAUGAAGGAUGGACACCUCUCCAUUUUGUAUCCCGAAAUGGUCAUCUUGAAGUUGUGAAAUUACUGAUUGAAAAUAGAGCAAAUGUUGACACUGCGCAAAAUAAAGGGAUUACACCUCUCCAUUUUGCAUCCCAAAAUGGUCAUCUUGAGGUUGUGAAAUUACUGAUUGAUAAUAGAGCAAAUGUUGACACUACGCAAAAUGAAGGAUGGACACCUCUUCAUGUGGCAUCCCAAAAUGGUCAUCUUGAGGUUGUGAAAUUACUGAUUGAAAAUAGAGCAAAUGUUGACACUACGCAAAAUAAAGGGAUUACACCUCUCCAUUUUGCAUCCCAAAAUGGUCAUCUUGAGGUUGUGAAAUUACUGAUUGAAAAUAGAGCAAAUGUUGACACUACACAAAAUGAAGGAUGGACACCUCUCCAUUUUGCAUCCCGAAAUGGUCAUCUUGAGGUUGUGAAAUUACUGAUUGAAAAUAGAGCAAAUGUUGACACUACCCAAAAUAAAGGGAUUACACCUCUGUAUGUUGCAUCCAUAAAUGGUCAUCUUGAGGUUGUGAAAUUACUGAUUGAUAAUGGAGCAAAUGUUAACGCUAGGAAAUACUAUGAAGAAAUCACACCUCUCCAUUAUGCAUCCCAAAAUGGAAAGACUAUGAAGAAAUCACACCUCUCCAUUAUGCAUCGAAAAAUGGUCAUCUUGAGGUUGUGA